UUUGUGCAGUCCCUGUGUAAAAUAUAAAUAUAUAUUUUUUAGAGGAAAAACAAUGUCCAGUAAGAAAAACUUAUAUGAGAUUCUCGGGGUGAAAGAAACGGCGACUCAGGCUGAAAUUAAAAAGGCCUUUAAAAGUCUGACAAAACAGCAUCGGCAGAACACCAGGCCAGAUGCAAAGGAACGCUUUAAUGAAGUCAAGCACGCCUUUGAAAUUCUGAGUGAUCCCGGGAAGAGGGAGUGGUAUGAUGAGUUCGGUGAUGAUGAUGAAGAUGCAGAAAAUGCCGGCGAGAAGAAAAGCUCAGACUCUGAUGAAGAGACAAAUUUUAAUGACAUGUUUGGCAAUAUGUCUCUCUUUUCGCGUCUGAGUAAUCCCGGUGAACUGGGUCGGAAACCUAAAUGCGAACCACUGCUAGCCCGUGUUGAAGUCACCCUUGAAGAUCUCUACAAUGGGAAUGUCACAAAGAACGUCAGUGUAAGACGGGAAGUACUCUGCCAGGAUUGUAAUGGCAUGGGAGCUAAGGUGGGUGGGAAAGUUCGUAAAUGUGAUACGUGUAAGGGUUCCGGAAUGGAGUUUGAGCACCAUCAGAUGGGAUUCUUCAUAAAUCGCGUAUCAACACCCUGUUCCGGUUGUCAUGGACAAGGAAAUGUAAUCAAUGAGGAAGACAAGUGCAGCAAAUGCAAUGGAAGUCGUACUUUGAAAGAGGACAAAUCUAUUGAGGUGCAUAUUGAACCAGGAAUGUUUCAUAUGCAAAAAAUUGAGUUCGCCGGAGAGGGAAAUCAUUUUCCCAACCAUGUGGCUGGAGAUAUUAUUGCCGUGCUCGACUACGUGGAUCAUGAGAAUUUUGAACGAGCUCAUGAUAAUCUUCUCAUUCAUAAGAAAAUUAGCCUUGUGGAGGCUCUGUGUGGCUAUCGCGCUCUUAUUCAACACCUCGACGGCCGCACACUACACAUUCACAAUUCUCCGGGCGACAUAAUUAAGUCCAACACCCAUCUUGUUGUUAAAAAUGAAGGAAUGCCUCGCUUUGGACGUCCUACUGAGAAAGGAGAUCUCCUUAUUAAAUUUUCAAUCCAGUAUCCAGAGAACUCAGCUCUAUCAAGUGAGAACAUCACUAUGCUCAAAAGUAUCCUUCCAUCUGCUCCGGAUUUCGUAAUGCCCGAAGGUGAGAACGUUGAGGAGGUCAACAUGUACGACCUAGAGGAUAUGAACUUUGCAGAGGGCAAUCCAUUUCAAUCAUCUGAUGGUCACGGUGAUGACGACGAAGAUGACGAGUUUGGCGGUGGUGCAAGUGGUGGAAUCCAAUGCCAAACACAGUAACUCUAAGACUUUUCUCAUAUUUGUUUUAUUUUUAUUAGAUUUACCCAAUUUACCGUAUCCAAUUUCUUGGUAUUAUUGUUUUCAUUUGUCUCCUUACUUUCUCCCUUUAUAUAAUUUAUAGAAAUACAAUUUGGAAUAUGAAGAAUAAAAAUUUACAUCAGCCCACUCUAA